GGGGGGGGGGGGGGGGGGGGGGGAGUUGUGGACUGCGGGUCGGCUCCAGGUGCCGCACGACAACGCGGUGUCUCUUGAGAGAAGACGAGGGUCUGAAUACUCAGGAACCGACAUGUAAGAACCAGACGCGAAGUCUAAAAACAUCGACGGACUUUAUGCGACUUGGCCCCGCUUGACAUGAAUCGAAGAUCAAUUACCUGCGGGGGGUCAGCCCCGCCAUGGCGUCCGCGCUCGCGCACCCCCCCGGUGCGUCGGUUUGACUGAGGGCACCGAUGGACGUGAGCGUCGGCCGGACCUACCGCGUCAUCAUCAUCAUCAUCAUCAUCAUCAUCAUCAGCAUCGUCUCCGCGGCGAGACGCCGGUGACCGCCGUGUGCUCCACGCGUGAGAAGACUUGUCCGGACGGAGGUGGUCCAGGCGACAGGCUGUGUGGGCGGUUGGGGUUGGCACAACACAGACACGUUUCUGAAGUCUGGCUUGUAGACCACGUACGCAAGCAUCGCCACAAUGAAUGAGAGGCAGGCGCUCCACUCUAUAAUGAAAGACCUGGUUGCCCUCCAGAUGACUCGCCGCCAGCCUGUGUUGUCGUAUGACAGCAGCAAACCCAAGACGCUGGCCCAGGCCAACAGACAGGACGAUGUCAGGAUAAAGUUUGAGUUCUCAGGAGAGCGGAGGAUCCUGGUGUUCGGACGGCCUGUGCAGUUCGAGGAAGUCCAGCAGAAAGUCACGACUGUCUUUGGCCAGCAGCUUGACCUGCAUUAUAUGAACAAUGAGUUGUCCAUCCCUCUGCGAGAUCAGGGUGACCUGGACAAGGCGAUCGACCUGCUGGACCGAAGCUCCAACAUGAAGAGCAUCAGGAUCCUGCUGCUCACUCAGGAGCUCAGCAAUGCUUCCUCCCCUUCCCACCACGUUCCGUGCAAGCAGGUGAGGAUCAAGUCCUCCCAGUCCGCUGGAGACGUGAGCACGGUGUACCAAUCCUCCGAGCCCAGGGGGCGCCACCUAUCUACUGGUUCUCAGAACACGGGGCGUAGCUCGCCGCCUCCUGGUUACGUGCCUGAACGCCAGCAGAGGAUCGCCCGCCAAGGUUCAUACACCAGCAUAAACAGUGAGGGGGAGUUCAUCCCUGAGACCAGCGAUCAGUGUGUGCUGGAUCCCUGGAGCAGUGCAGAAAACUCAGUCUCUGGAAGCUGUCAGUCUCUGGACAGCAACUCAGACAGCCCUUCACUGAGGAAGUCUCGCAUGCACAGAGCCAAGAGUCAGGAGUGCUCAGACAGGGAAAAUCAUGUGCAUGACAGGGUAGCAGGGAAAGGAGGCACCUAUCCACGUAGGUACCAUGUCUCCCUGCAUCAUAAGGACCACAGUGAAGGCCGUCGGACGUUUCCGCGGAUCCGUCGCCCCCAGGGGAACCUUUUCACUCUGGUGCCCUCACGCCGGUCGCUCAAUGGCAGCGAGGAGAGUGUGGGCAGCUGGCAGCUGGUCGACGCUCAGGGCAGGCUCCGCCCCCAAGAUCGCUCUGUCGCGCAUAAGUCCCCCGGUGCUCCGAUGACGUGGCGGCGGGGGAAGCUUCUGGGCCAGGGGGCGUUUGGUCGGGUUUACCUGUGUUACGAUGUGGAUACUGGGAGGGAACUGGCUGCCAAGCAGGUCCAGUUUGACCCUGAGAGUCCUGAGACCAGCAAGGAGGUCAGCGCUUUGGAGUGUGAAAUCCAGUUGCUGAAAAAUCUGCACCACGAGCGUAUUGUUCAGUAUUACGGCUGUCUGAGGGACCACAGUGAGAAGACUCUCACUAUUUUCAUGGAGUACAUGCCGGGGGGUUCAGUCAAAGACCAGCUGAAGGCCUACGGGGCGCUGACAGAAAACGUGACCCGGAAGUACACAAGACAGAUCCUGGAGGGCAUGUCCUAUCUGCACAGCAACAUGAUCGUACACAGGGACAUCAAAGGUGCCAACAUCCUGCGGGAUUCAGAGGGCAACGUGAAGCUCGGAGAUUUCGGUGCCAGCAAGAGGCUGCAGACCAUCUGCAUGUCUGGAACCGGCAUCCGCUCUGUGACUGGCACCCCCUACUGGAUGAGCCCGGAGGUGAUCAGUGGAGAGGGCUACGGCAGGAAGGCUGACGUCUGGAGCCUUGGUUGUACGGUGGUUGAGAUGCUGACAGAAAAGCCUCCGUGGGCUGAAUACGAGGCCAUGGCGGCCAUAUUCAAGAUCGCCACCCAGCCCACCAACCCGCUGCUGCCCUCGCACACCUCCGACCAGGCACGGGACUUCAUAAGCUGCAUUUUUGUGGAUGCUAAACACAGGCCCAGUGCCGAGGAGCUGCUGAGACAUCCCUUCUCCCAGAUUCUGUGCUGAAGCCCGCCUGGUUUCUGAACUUCCCCCACAGAGUAGCCUCAGCAGUAUCUGUAGUUGACUCCCAUCCAUGGCUUGGAUGUGGAACUGAUGCAGAAAUCAGGGUUAAACUCACCGAGCUUCUUCCAGAGCUCCGAUGCUCCUCCACGUAAAUCCCGGUUUGUCAGCAGCAGCAGCCAUGGACCUCCAAGCGUGACCACGCGGCGGAUCCUUCUCGGGCACCAGCGCACGUAUGCACGCACUUCAAAUGAUGCCCUGCGCCUGUUGUGUCUUCAUUAUGCACCCUCUUCUCUUGUCAGGCCGUCGUGAGGAACGCCGGGAGGCCCCACAGUGUUAGAAACAUUCAGCUCAGCACCAUUUGUAAGCUACUGCGCACCACUGGUGCUCAACAGUGUUACCCGGACAGCAUUGUUCCCCGUCUCUAUUGGUCUGCGGUGAUUGGAUGAAACCCAGAUGAAGCGCUGUGCGUAGAGUAGCUACACUGGCGUUGGUGGAAGAAUCUUGUUCAGCUGCACCAGUACUAUAUAUAUAUAUAUACUGCACCAGUAUUAUAUAUAUAUAUAUAUAUAUUUUUUUUAACAUGGGUUUCGGCAUUUUACAGAUAGGAAUUAAUAACAGAAGCCAAAAACUGUCACUCGCAGUAGCCUCAAUGCAGCUUGGAAGACUGGUCAUAACUAAUUUUGACUUUAUUGAUAUUUUCAUGCAAAAAUAUAAUGGUUCAUAUUUUUAUUUUGUUGUACAACAAAAAUAUCAAGGGCAUAUGUCAUUUCCAGCUACUUGGAUGGAAAAUACUUUCACAGCUCAAGAAAAAGGUUAAAAGAUAUCUUUAUUUUAAUAAAGCAGCAAUUUUCUUAUAUAUUUUUUUCGUCCAGACAGUGAACAUUUUUAUAGAUUUUGAGGACUUUCAAAAUGUUCUGUUAAAUGAUCUUCGCGGUUUAAAAAAAAAGAUGGCUGGGUGUUUUCUUUUAUUCGAGAAACAAAAGCUGAGCUCAGUUACUUGAAAGUGAAUGUAUUAUAUUACAUGAGAGGCACAAACCAAACUAGGGCUAUGCAGCAAGAAUAGCAUAUUUUAAGAUGUGACUAUUCAUUUUUCUUCACAGAAACAAACACUCCCUCCACUGACACUAUUUCUGUCCUCCUACCUGUAAAACUAAUUAAUGCAAUGAGAAGAUAUCAAGUUAAUAAGUGCAUUGCAGUACAAUCUAGGAAUUUGCAUCGAAUAAUAUACUUCUAUAAAGUAUGAGAUGUAUUUGCA